UCUACAUUUUAAACACUGUUGUGGUGUAGGUUUACUUUUGUCGCGGGACGUCUCCCCAUUUUCCUGUUGUCCUACUUCCUCCCGUUAGCCAUUAUCUCAAAAUCGAGAGGGCUUCCUUCAGCUCUGAGCUGCAAUGGGGGAAUCACAUUCAUCAGCGCCCCCAAAUUCUCUCCCCCAAGACAACAGUACUGCAAACCCCAUGACGUCUUCAGGAACUCGAAGAAGAAAGCCUCCUUCCCCACAAGAACUCAUAUCCCACUACGAAUCCCAAGGCCUUACUUCUCACGAUGCUUCAAUCAAGGUAAUAGAAGACCUUCAGAAUGCUCUCUUUAGGAUCAUCUCCUCCGGCAGAGGCAAAAAGGACAAGCUUCUGGUCGAGACUUCAAGGAAGAUCGAUGCCACUAAUAACCGUCUUGCCAUUCUCGACCUAAAGUUGGACUCCAAGCCAGGCUAUGCCGAGAGUUUUGCCCUAGGUUUGGCUUCUGGGUCUGUUUUGAGUGGGAUUGGGACUGUGAUGCCCCAUGUUUUUGGGGCUCUCACCAAUAUUUGGAGCUCUGUUAGUAAUCUUACCAAGCAUUCUUCUUGAAUUUGAUAGAAACUAGUCUUCGCUUUUGUGGUUUUGUUUUCCUUUUAGUUAGUCAUGAAUUCUCAGGUGGUUGGUAGUCUUUGUUUUCCGAUUGAUUCUGGCUAGAUACUCGGGAAAUGCUAAUAUUUGAGCUAUGCCUUUUCUUUUUCCUUUCUUGGGGUGGGGUGUGGGAUUGGUAUUUCAUGAUUGGCAUUUCACUUGGAAUAAUGAUUUUCGACUUUUCGUCAA